AUGAGAGAAACUAAGAACAUGUCUGAAUCCCCGUCUCAAGCGGGAAAGGAAAUACCAGCGAAAAAGCAAAAACUCAGCAGCGACGAGAAUAGCAACCCAGAUCUUUCAGGAGACGAGAAUGACGAUGCGGUCAGUGUGGAGAGCGGGACCAACGCAGAGCGCCCGGACACGCCCACCAACACUGCCAACGCCCCGGGCAGGAAAAGCUGGGGAAAGGGCAAAUGGAAGUCCAAGAAGUGCAGAUAUUCUUUUAAAUGUGUGAACAGUCUGAGGGAGGACCACGGCCAGCCGCUCUUUGGAGUCCAGUUUAACUGGCACAGCAAGGAGGGCGACCCGCUGGUGUUCGCCACGGUCGGCAGCAACAGGGUAACUCUUUACGAGUGUCACUCUCAGGGAGAAAUCAGACUCCUGCAGUCUUACGUGGAUGCAGACGCGGACGAGAACUUCUACACAUGCGCCUGGACCUACGACACCAGCACCAGCCACCCGCUGCUGGCGGUGGCCGGAUCCCGCGGCAUCAUCCGGGUCAUCAACCACAUCACGAUGCAGUGCAUCAAGCACUACGUGGGCCACGGGAAUGCCAUCAACGAGCUCAAGUUCCACCCGAGGGAUCCAAACCUCCUCCUGUCCGUCAGCAAAGACCACGCCCUGCGGCUGUGGAACAUAAAGACGGACACGCUGGUGGCCAUAUUCGGGGGCGUGGAGGGCCACCGGGACGAGGUCCUGAGCGCCGAUUUCGACCUUCUUGGUGAAAAGAUCAUGUCUUGUGGGAUGGACCACUCGUUGAAGCUCUGGAGAAUCAAUUCAGAGAGGAUGCAGAAAGCCAUCCGUGGGUCGUACGAGUACAACCCCUCAAAGACGAACAGGCCUUUCGUCUCUCAGAAAAUCCACUUCCCCGACUUCUCGACUCGGGACAUCCACAGGAACUACGUGGACUGCGUGCGGUGGCUCGGGGAUCUCAUCCUCUCCAAGGCAAGUGGAUGGUUUAAAAAAAGUCUCGCCUCCUGCGAAAACGCCAUCGUCUGCUGGAAGCCGGGGAAGAUGGAGGACGACAUCGACCACAUAAAGCCCAACGAGUCCAACGUGACCAUCCUGGGCCGCUUUAACUACAGCCAGUGCGACAUCUGGUACAUGCGCUUCUCCAUGGACUUCUGGCAGAAGAUGCUGGCGCUGGGAAACCAGGUGGGGAAGCUCUACGUGUGGGACCUUGAAGUGGAAGACCCUCACAAGGCAAAGUGCACCACGCUGACGCUCCCCAAAUGCACGUCGGCCAUCCGCCAGACCAGCUUCAGCCGGGACAGCAGCAUCCUGAUAGCCGUGUGCGACGACGCCUCCAUCUGGCGCUGGGACCGCCAGCGCUGA